CAAUCCAUUGCUCACUAUAUAACCCUCCUCUCGGACAUGUUCCUCUCACCUCGCUUCAAUUGUUCCACCUGAAUCUUUGUUGUCUUUCGUCUCAGGCUUUGAGCGAUCUCACAGAGACAGAGACAGAGACAGAGACAGUGAAGAUGGUGUGCUUGGUUUCUCGCAGUGGGAGAGAGCUCCAGAGAUACCACAUGGGCCGUCGCCAAGUUGUUGGAUGCAUACCUUACCGAUACAAGAGGGACGGAGACGGAGUGGCCAGUGAUGAAUUAGAGUUCUUAGUGAUCAGUUCACCCAAAGGUCAAGGGCUCAUGUUCCCUAAGGGAGGAUGGGAGCUUGAUGAAUCAGCAGAAGAAUCGGCUUCAAGAGAGUCCGUCGAAGAGGCUGGAGUUCUCGGUGACGUCGAGUGUCAAUUGGGAAGAUGGAGCUUCUUGAGCAAAAGAUAUGGAACGUACUAUGAAGGGCACAUGUUCCCUUUGUUUGUCAAGGAAGAACUUGAUCUGUGGCCGGAGAAAAAGCUCCGCCAGAGGAUCUGGAUGACAGCAUCCGAAGCGAGGGAAGUGUGCAGGCAUUGGUGGAUGAAGGAAGCCCUGGACAUAUUGGUUGAGAGGCUUGGCUCCAUUGCCCAACAGAAGAGAAAACCAGAAGCUAUCGUUCUGUAGAUAUCAGAUUUCGUUCAUUCUUGUUCGUUUGAUUUCCAACUAAUAAUCUUCGCGAAAACGAGAAGAUUCAUUCUUUCACCCCCCACCCAUGAUUCUUGAAAGUAAUGGAUAGAAGAACAAUUCUUU